AUGGAUACAGAACUUGAGAUGAAAAAAGUCUGGCGCUGCGAUAUCGCUCUUUGGCAAGUCCAUCAUACGGAGAAUGACUGCGAUUUGAUCAUCCGAUCUAAUUCUGGCCUCGUAUUCUACUGUCAUAUUUGCCCCAGCCAGUUCAUUCGAUCUCCGUCCGUCGAAGCGCAAUAUUUCAAGUGUCUCCAACUCUUGAGAUCUGGUGAGGUCGAACUCGACGACUUCUAUGAGGAAGACGCAUUCGAAUGGUUGUUAGGUUGUUUUAUGCCUUUCAUAACCAAUCUCGCAUCAUCCUCGGGCCUCGAGAUCGUUGCAGAACCAACAUUGGCCGAUUACUUCCUCGCCAAAAGGUCUUUUGUCUGUAGCUUAAAGGCCGUCGAUGAUGGGUUGUUUCCCCAAGAGCUUGAGACAACGAACCACGGUUGGAGUAGCCCGAUCGUCAAGUUCGAUACCGAUUUCAUGGCGAAUCUUAAUACUUGGACGGAAUGCUACACCCCAUCGCAGGUUAAGAUAUGCUACGCUGGACCACACGAGAGUUUGAUCAAACCGCCGAAGCGCACCACCAUAAUUGGCAAAGAUGGGGAGUCCAUUACUUGCUUCUUCAAGAAGUUUGGACUCUCCUUUGGUCCACGACACGCGAGAAAAGAACUCAUGACACUGAAGAAGAUCAUUGGGGCCCAGAUACCCCCACCUCCCGAAGCACAUAUCUGCCAUCUUGCAGGUGUAGUUCGGGAAGGUGAUGGAUUGCUUGGAAUGUUAUUCACUUGGAUUCCUAACAAGGGCGUAUUGUCCAGAGGUCAAGCUGCAGCGAGUCCUCCAGAGUUGAGAAAGCAAUGGGCUUCUCAGAUCCAGAGAUCAGUAGAUCUUCUACACCAGAAGGGCAUCAUAUGGGGUGACGCCAAAGCGGAGAAUGUUCUCAUAGAUCAGAAUAAUGAUGCUUGGGUUGUUGAUUUUGGAGGAGGUUACACCGCCGGCUGGGUAGAUAAGGAUAAGGCUGGGACAUUCGAAGGUGAUAGGCAGGGCCUAGCGAAGAUUCUUGAUAUGUUGGUGUAA